AUGUUUAAGACAGCGGCAACGGUUUCAUCUGAAGCUCAAGGGCGCAUUGCCUCCAUAAACAUGGCUAACCGCAUUGCUCAGUCCAAUGGGUACCCAGCAAAGGUCUCUCAUUCAAAUCGGAGCCAUGCAAUUGAGCGGCGGUGCCACAGGGUAGAACAAGCAACAAAGAUCCCUUUCUGCCUUCCUUUUAUUUCGGAUGACAUGAGCAAUGCAGUGCGAGCAAGCUUACGACAGGCGGGUCUGCAAGACUCAGUCAGAGUAGUGGACAUACCACCUGUAAACCUGAAGCAACAGCUAGUCCGCAAUCGCGCAUAUGACAGACUUUGUGAGACACCGAAUUGCAUCGUUUGUCCAAACGGGAGGCAGGGUGAUUGCGUGGUAUCGGGGGUUAUCUACCUAAUCACCUGUCAGUUAUGUGGGGCUGAGUACAUUGGCGAAACAGGAAGAUCACUAUGUAUCCGCGUCAAGGAGCACCUAGACGGGCUCGUAAAAUCAAGAACAUCAUCCCCCUUAGGUGCGCAUCGCAGACAGUGUCAUGACAACACCCCUUUCAAGAUAGCUGUCACUAUCUUGGCACGCGAAUCAGACGUUUUAGCACGAAAAACAUUGGAAGCGUUUUAUAUCACGGCCAAAAGUCCUAUCAUGAAUCGUAAAGAAGAAUGCAUCGCUGUGACCAACGAGCUGGCGCCAUAUCAGGACCUUUGCGGGUUUUGA